AUGACUCUCUCCGGAAGCUGCCUCUGUGGCAAUAUCACCUACACCGCUGAGAGUAAGUUUACUUCGGAUGAGUAUCUGAAAGCGCUCUGCCACUGCACCGAUUGUCAGAAGUGGACCGGUAGCGCCUUCACCUCCAACGCUGUCGUUCCCCGCAACAGCUUCAAGAUCACCAAAGGAACCCCCUCCUCCUACGACGCGAUCGGCGCCACCGGCAAAAUCAACAAGCACUUCUUCUGUCCGACUUGCGGAUCCAGUCUCUACACCGACCUCGAGGUCAUGGCCGACAAGCUCAUAAUUAAGGCGGGAACUCUGGACAACGGCGACGCCAGCAUGGGCGGAAAGGUGGAUGUCGAGUUCUAUGUCAAGGAUCGGCCCUCGUACCUGGCUGCUGUUGAGGGAGCCCAGCAGGAGCCGCGCUUUGGUUAAUGUAUCGAUGAAUCUUGCUUGAUUGAAACGAGUUAUGCUGUAUGAAGUUACCAGAAUGAGACUAUCCGUUCUUGAGGGAAAUAAUCAACUGCCAAG